UUUCUAUACAUUUUCCUCCCUUUCUUUUCCUUUGUGUUCGCUAAUUGCCAGGGGCUGUAUGGAAGCUAGCGUCCGGAAAAUUGGUGGCAUGUUUUGUUCCGAGAUUGUCGAUAAUCUGCCACUUUUCAAUGCAGAAGGGUCCGCAAGCCAAAAAAAAAGCUGCUGGUAUAGCAAUUUUUCCCAGCCAAUUGCAACAACCGAUCCAUUGGCAACUUUUCUCAGCGCCCAUACAGAACAUUGUACUCUGUGUAGUUCAACGCAGAUACCAUGACUUCGCAAGCUGCAGGACUUCCCCCCUCGGUCACAGAUGCGGUGUUCGUCGCCUCCCAGCCCGUUCCUGAGGGUUCAAAACCGGUUGGGGGCAUUGAUUUCAACAAGCAUGCCGGAAGGGAUAUUACUGUUGCGGAGUUGGUGGAUGGCAUGGCUUCCAUGGGCUUCCAGGCCAGUGCGGUGGGCGACGCUGCGCAGAUCAUUAAUGAGAUGAGAGCCUGGCGCGAUCCGGAAACGGGCGAAAGGACCACUGUAUUCCUAGGGUACACAUCCAAUCUUAUAUCAUCUGGUCUACGGGAAACACUGCGUUACCUCGUCCAGCACAAACAUGUCUCGGCCAUUGUCACUACCGCGGGCGGAAUAGAGGAAGAUUUUAUUAAAUGUCUCGCUCCCACUUAUCUCGGCUCCUUCGCGACUCCCGGUCCGUCGCUACGGGCCAAAGGCCUGAACCGCAUCGGUAACCUGAUCGUGCCGAACAGCAACUACUGUGUUUUCGAAGACUGGGUCGUGCCGAUUCUCGAUAAAAUGUUGGAAGAACAGGAGGCGUCACGGGCGUCGACACCAGAUGCCCCGCUCCACUGGACCCCGAGCAAGAUCAUCCACCGGCUCGGGAAGGAAAUCAAUAAUGAAGAUUCGGUCUACUACUGGGCGUACAAGAAUGACAUUCCCGUCUUCUGCCCUGCACUGACCGAUGGCAGCCUGGGGGACAUGAUGUAUUUUCACACGUUCAAGUCCUCGCCGCUGCAGCUCCGUGUCGACAUCGUGGAAGACGUGCGGAAGAUCAACACGAUCGCUGUACGGGCCAAACGGGCUGGGAUGAUUAUUCUAGGUGGCGGCCUGGUAAAGCACCAUAUUGCCAAUGCCUGCUUGAUGCGCAACGGGGCGGAGAGCGCGGUGUAUAUCAACACGGCGCAGGAGUUUGAUGGGAGCGACGCUGGCGCACGACCGGACGAAGCUGUGUCGUGGGGGAAGAUCAAACCGGAUGCAAAGAGUGUGAAGGUCUACGCCGAAGCGACAGUGGCAUUCCCCCUUAUUGUUGCGGCGACAUUUGCAAGAGCUUAGGAGCAACCUGGGAAUUAGAAGGGUGUUUGGUUGCAAAAGUAAUUUGUUUCACCCGACACAUCGCCCCUUCAAGUACCUUCAUGGCUUAAAUAAAUAUAUAUAUAUGUAGAACCGCUGUUGGUACAUAGCACCCACCGAGCAGGAAAUGACCUCUAUGUUCAAUGACGUUUUCAACGCUGGCAGAAGAUGUGUUCAGAUCGUUAAGUUGUGUAUGUAGUUAUGUAUUUGAUAUCGAUUGUUACUCUGAUGCCUAGCUAGACCCUCCUUCAAAUUCUUUUCCAUUUGAAUUAGACAACCAAGGAUCUAUCACAAUCAGAAGCAAGGAAGCCAAACGAUCGGAGAAGAAACCAUGGCAAAAACUAAAAUAAAAAAUAACAAUAAAAAUAAAUAAAAUAAAUAAAAUAACAUAAAAUAAAAAAAUAAAGGGCCAAUGAGAAGCCACAUAUGUUGCGUCCUACGUGUUUCACGAAAUGCGG